AUGUGGCCUACAGCUUGGAAGAUGUGCACUCAGUUUUAUCACGUGCCGCAAAAUAGACCUCGGCCGAGCUUCGAGGUCAGCGAUCCCAGAUUGGGAGUGCGUGCUGCUGCCGCAUUCGAAGCCGAAGCGCUCAUUCUCAGAAUUCGAAGACCGGACGAGACUGCAGCCGUUGGGCUGCGCGACGCCGACAGUGGCCGCGGUCGUCAUCACCGUCUGCUGCCGACUUCCACCUCCUCAAGACCCAUCACCAUCCCCCCAUACAUCUCCGUCAAAAUGAGCGAACGCAGACUCGACUUGGCGUUGCACAGCAUGACCAGCAUGGAACCGACAAUGUUGAUCCAGCAUAGAUACGCUCCGACAUAUAUGGCAAAGUGCAGCAGCGCUUCAUGUGGCACUGAAGGCGUCGCAGUCAUCGCCCCAACGGCACAGCACGAACGCAACCGCUGCGAUGCUGCAGCUCACUACUAUCUGCUAGGCGCCAAUCAAUCGCCAAAGACACGCACGUAUCUGAAAGUUGUUAAGACGUUCGAGCUUCAGUCGAAGUCCAAGGGUGACCUCACCAAGCAGCUCGAGGAGCUCAAGACCGAGCUGCUCAACCUGCGCGUCCAGAAGGUCGCCGGUGGUUCGUCGAGCAAGAUCCUGCGCAUCAACUCGCUGCGCAAGGACAUCGCCCGCGUGCUCACUGUCAUGAACCAGAAGCAGCGUGCCAACCUGCGCGAGUUCUACAAGGGCAAGAAGUACAUCCCCCUCGACCUCCGCGCCAAGAAGACCCGCGCCAUCCGCCGCAAGCUCAACCAGCACGAGCGCACCCGCAUCACUGAGCGCCAGCACAAGCGCGAGGUGCACUUUGCCAACCGCAAGUUCGUCCUCAAGGCAUAA